AUGAAGUUCCCUCUAGUUCUCUGCCUGCUGUGCCUACUGGUCCAGGUUGCUUUCCACUCUGUGCAAGGGUGGCAGGCCUUCAAGAAUGAUGCCACCGAAAUCAUCCCUGAGCUCAGUGAGCAAUCCGAGCCUCCGCCUGACCUGUCGAACAGCAAUAACAAGACGAUGAACCGGGCAGAGAAUGGAGGGAGAUACCCACACCACCCCUUGGAGCCCAAAGACGCCUCGGAUUACAGCUGUCGGGAGCUGCACUUCACCCGCUAUAUCACCGACGGGCCCUGUCGCAGCGCCAAGCCGGUCAACGAGCUGGUGUGCUCCGGCCAGUGCGGGCCAGCGCACCUGCAGCCCAAUGCCAUUGGGCGCAAAUGGUUGUGGCGUCAGAGCGCCCCGGACUACCGCUGUAUCCCCGACCGCUAUCGUACGCAGCGCAUCCAGCUGUUGUGCCCGGGAGGCGAGGAGGCCCGGACUCACAAGAUCCGUGUUGUGGCCUCCUGCAAAUGCAAGCGCUACACCCGUUUCCACAACCAGUCGGAGCUCAAGGACUUCGGCAAGGAGGCCGCUCGGCCCCCAAAGAACAAGAAGCCGCGGCUGUCCCGGAUCCGGAGCAGCAAGUCCAAACAGCCAGAGCUGGAGAAUGCCUACUAG